AUGUCGGUUCAGUCUAUUUGCGACAGUCUAGGAAAGUGGAUUAAAGAUUUGCCUAUAUUAUCCACGUUAGUUGACGAUGAAUCGUUCGUAAAUAGAUACUGGGAUGCCGCUCAAAACUCGUGGAAGAAAGCUUCUUGUAACGAGAUAUUACUGCAUAUAUCAGUGUUACUUUACCACUUGAUGCAAGAGCAACAACGCUAUUUAUCACACAUCGGCAUUGAUUUCUCUUACGCGACUGAAAAACUACUCAGUUUUAUAAAAGAAUGUUUACUUGGUGGCAAAGACGCCGGGUGUUUGCAGAAACUCGACGAAUAUGAGAGUGUAG